AUGGCCUCCCUUCUUCGUUCCAGCGCCAGGUUGCGCUCUGUCCCGCGGCUCUCUGCCGUGCGUUUCCUUUCUACUUCCCCGCAUCUGCGAGCGGCCGAGAAGCCUUUCUUCCCCGAUGAACCCACGGCUCCCAAGGUCGUCACGGCCAUCCCGGGUCCCAAGAACCAGCAGGCCGCUGCGGAGCUGGACCAGGUGUUCGACAUCCGCAGCUUGAACAUGCUUACGGAUUACACUCAUUCCAUUGGAAACUACAUUGCUGAUCUGGAUGGAAAUCUGCUUCUGGACGUCUACGCCCAGAUUGCCUCUAUCCCCGUCGGAUACAACAACCCCAACCUUCUGAAGGUUGUCCAGACGCCUGAGAUGGCCAAUGCCUUGAUCAACAGACCGGCACUGGGUAACUUCCCCUCCUCCGAGUGGGCUGGUAUCCUGAAGACUGGUCUCCUCAAGGCUGCCCCCAAGGGCUUGAACCAGGUGUUCACUGCUAUGGCCGGUUCUGACGCCAACGAAACUGCCUACAAGGCUGCGUUCAUGUACCGCCGUCAACUGGAGCGUGGUGGGCCCGAUGCUGAUUUCUCAGAGAGCGACCUGACUAGCACCAUGGUCAACCAGUCUCCCGGCUCCCCGCAUUUGUCCAUCUUGUCCUUCAAGAAGGCUUUCCACGGUCGUCUCUUUGGCAGUCUCUCCACCACUCGCAGCAAGCCCAUCCACAAGCUGGACAUUCCGGCUUUCGAUUGGCCCCAGGCUCCCUUCCCCUCCCUGAAGUACCCUCUUGAGGAGCAUGCCCAGGAGAAUGCUCAGGAGGAGCAACGCUGCCUGGCGGAAGUUGAGCGCUUGAUCAAGGAAUUCCACAACCCCGUCGCCGCUGUCGUCGUCGAACCCAUCCAGUCCGAGGGUGGUGACAACCAUGCCUCUCCAGCCUUCUUCCAAGGCCUCCGCGACAUCACCAAGAAGCAUAAUGUGCUCUUCAUCGUGGAUGAGGUUCAGACCGGUGUCGGUGCCACUGGUAAAUUCUGGGCCCACGACCACUGGAACCUUACCUCUCCUCCCGACAUUGUGACUUUCUCCAAGAAGGCCCAGGCCGCCGGUUACUACUAUGGCAACCCAGCUCUCCGCCCCAACAAGCCUUACCGCCAGUUCAACACGUGGAUGGGUGAUCCCGCCCGUGCUCUGAUUUUCCGUGGCAUCCUCCAGGAGAUCGAGAGACUCAACCUGGUCGAGAACACCGCUGCAACGGGAGACUACCUCUACGCCGGACUAGAGCGUCUUGCGAAGCAGUACCCUGAGGCCAUCCAGAACCUCCGUGGUAAGGGCCAGGGUACAUUCGUCGCCUGGGACACGCCCAAGCGGGAUGAAUUCCUAGCCCAGGCCAAGACCGUCGGUGUCAACAUCGGCGGUAGCGGAGCCAAUGCUGUCCGGUUGAGGCCUAUGUUGGUCUUCCAGAAGCAUCAUGCCGACCUCCUCCUCGAGCGCAUCGAGAAGAUUUUUAAGCUAUGA